AUGGGCUUCUCUGACGGAGAUGCAAACAAGGGCGCUGGGUGAGUCGAGUCGCUGUCGCUGCUCCUUCCCCCUGCCACCCAUCUCGCUCGCCAAGCCUUCCUGGUGGCGCUCCACCGCGAUACUCAGGCACGCACUUGCGAUGGCCUGAGCCGAGCCGAGCCGAGAAUCUGCCUAAAAGCGUCUCAUUCCACGCCUCGUAUCAUGCGCCGCACUCUUCGCAACUCGCCUCGCUGGACCAACAGUGCUGACUAUUUCUCUCGCGCCUCACACACAACAGUCUCUUCAAGACCCGCUGCGCGCAAUGCCACACUGUCGAAAAGGGCGGCCCCAACAAGGGUGAGUAGAGUGCUAGAGCGGAGCGAGUCUGACGGAUCUCAAUGGUCCCCUGGGGUGGCGGUGAUAGGGGAGCGCUACGCAUCUCGGCGCAGAUCUCGCAGGCUGUCUCGUGCGACGCUCGCUGCUCGUCGCUUGCAGUCUGCCGGCUUGGACAGCCACGAAGGACGCUCGGCUCGCUCCCCUCUGCCGCUCGGUUGACCCCGUCAUCAGCGUGAUGGCAGGCUGACCAAGUCCCUUGCCCUCUCUCUCUCGCCACUUGCUCCUCAGUCGGCCCCAACCUCCGUGAGUGUUGCAGCUCGGCCUCAUCCUCUGCAUACAUGCCCGCUGAAUGCGCUGCUGCCAUUUGUUCCUCGCCACAGACGGACUGUUUGGUCGUAAGACUGGUCAGGUCGAGGGUUUCAGCUACACUGCUGCGAACGUGAACAAGGGUGUUACUUGGUGAGUGCAUCACAUGGGUCGCUCGAGCUGCAGGGCUUUCUGCAAUAAGCACGAGACUUGGAUGGCAAAGUGUGGCUUUCACAGUCGCCCUCGCGUGAUGCGGAGGAUGCUGCUCGUCUACCGGACGCAAGCAGGAGCAGGAGCACGUUUAUUGACCUGGAUGCUUGGUGUCCCCACAAAGAUGAAAGCAACAAUAUGCUGACAUGAACCUUCUGGUACGCUUCCCAACACUCUCCGUGCAGGGACCAAGACACGCUUUUCGAGUACCUCGAGAACCCCAAGAAGUACAUUCCAGGAACCAAGAUGGCCUUUGCGGGUCUGAAGAAGGAGAAGGACCGCAACGAUUUGAUCACCUGGUUGCGCCAAGAGACCAAGUAA